UUUUUUGAUGUUUGACAUUGAUUGAUGGCCGGCUCCAAUAAGUUCAAGAAUACAUAUCUUUCCUUCGAGAUAGAUGAAGUUGUAGCAGCCUGUCUGAAUCUUAUACACUAGUGGGAUUCUGUGGUAUGAGCUUUCUUAGCCACCAUCCAUCUGCCAAACUGACACUCAUAGAAGUAGUUGUUUGUGAGUUGAGACGGAGAAAGGGGUGGUCCGUCAUACAAAGGCAGAAGUUGUGCCUACGCAGCGGGGUGCAAGUUAGGUGGUAAAAGAGAUGUAAGAACAGAUUCAUUCUAGGUGGUCUGUUGUAUAGGGUAAGUAAUUAUUUCGUCUGAUCUAAGAGUAGUACAAGAAGAAUACAGGUUUUGCUCCUGGAGUCAAUCGCAGGAGCUGCUUCGACGCCGAAGAUGGAAAUAAUUGAGGACGACAAGGCACCGCCGGCCUCGCAGUGUAGCGGAGCAGCCGUUAAAACACACACGAAGGUGGGGGUAGUUGGAUCCCGCGAUAGUGCUCACUUUCUUUUAGGAGCGGGCGCCCCAUUCGUGCGUGUCGCAACGCGUCCGCGCAACAGCGUCGGUAGCUCGAAGCGGUAUCGUCCCGCCGACAAAAAGCCACGCACGGGACCUCGUGGUAGUGAAUUAGGGCUGGGACCUUUUCCAAGCGACUUGAGCGGAGGUGGAGCAAAUCGUGACAAGGAGCUGACUGGCCAAGCGAACGCUCCAGGAGAACAAGGAGACGUCUCCAGCGCUCCGGUAGCGGCUCAACAAGCACCGUCGAGCGUCUCCGUGAGUAAAGCUGUCAUCCAUAACAAUAGAGGGCAAUCAACAUCAACGAGAAAGCACGUGUUUCAGUUUCCUGUGAUCACGGCUGCAGAUGUGGUUCGCGCUCAAGCAGCGCAAAACAAACGCCAGUUGGGCACUGAGUACCCGGAGGACGAGGUCUUUCCACCCAGAGAUGACAACAACGAGGAGAACAUGCGAUCGUGGGAUGCCGCGUUGGCGAAAUACACACGCUUUUCAACUGCAGCUCCUGCACCCUCAGCACGUGUUCCUGCAGCUGGUCAGCAAGAACUGACUCGCGGGGAUGAAACGACUGGCAGAAAAAUUGCUGCAGAACAUCGCGGGAGCGCUGAGGAUCCUCAAACGAACUUGAACAUGGCUACGCUUGAAGUAGACCACGAACAUGAAGAGGACCACGGAGCUCUUCAUGUUGUCCAACAUGAGGAAACUGCAGUCAUGACGACUGGCUCUUGGUUGUCUGCAGCGGGAGGACCGGCAGACGAGAAUGGCGCUAAUGUUAUUCAACGUGCGGCGAAGCCACAAAUUGGCGAUGCGUCUUCAACGACGCGUGCGCACUCUGGUGAGACGGCGUCGCGGACGCUUUCUGGGGAGAAGACAUCGCGAAGAAACUCUGAUCCAACGAUGGUUCCAGAAGAUGCAGCGAGUUCCGUCGCUUCCUCGAAUCUUGGAGAGCAGUACAUGUCAACGCUACACGACUUUCAACCUCCUGGUGCGCCGGCCAAGCGCAAGGCUCAGGCGGCCGUGAUCAGCAGCCGCAGGAGCAAAGACGUCGCCCCGGGGGGUGGUGGAGUGCCGAACGGAGAAGAACCUGGGGCUCUCUUGCGACUAGCGUCUAAGUCCUCUCCCGCAGUUUUUGCUGAGCAGUCCCCGAAGCAACAUUCUAGCAAUACGGACCGCAGGUUGGGGGAUUCAGCGCACAACGGGCUCGGCGAGGAGGACGCGGAGGAACCGGAUCAUAUGGAGCUUCUUCCGCCUCUACCGGAGGAUGCAGGUAGCAGUGCUCGUGACGCAAAUCAUGCUAUUGCCGAUCCUCGUGCGACCUUCGUGAGCGAGGCAGCACUUCAUCUUGGUGAAGCGUGUGCUGGUUGUUCAAUCUACCCACAUGCUGAUGGACGCGGUAGUGACGUGAAGCAAGCGUCGGCUAUGAUGUCGAUGCGCGAAGCGGCAACCAUCUCAACAUCCUCGUUCGAAGAGAUGAUGGGACUGCCUGGGUACACGCCGUCGGACGCGGUAAACGACCACUCAACAAGCACAUGCCACCGUCUUUGUGAUGAUGAGGACUUACGUCUACUCCAGGGUCUAGGAACGGGAGAGUAUGUGUCGGUCGAGGAAGAGCGCCGAAGCUCGACAAUCGGAUUGCGUCUGGGCAUGGGGGCGGACGACGAAGAUACAGGACUAGCACUUCCAAGCAACACAUUCUACCGCCCGGCAGCGCACCUCUCGAAUAAUAACGGAGUCUUGGUUCGGAGCACGAGUCUGGUCUGCAACGGUGUAAGCCCGGCUGAUGUUGUGGGAACGACCCUCCUAGAACAGCCACUGGAUCACGACAGGACUCGGUCUGGGCGAUUGAGCGGUACAACAUACGCGUCAGCCGAAGUUUUCGGGAAUGAUCCUGUGCGCGCGGGAUUGACACCACCGCAAACGCCUGCAAAUAUGAUUUCUCCGUUUUUUGGUGCCUCAGGGCAUCGCUCGCUGCAACUGAUGAGUUCGGGUCAUCGUGGUGCCGAGCAACAGCACGCGGGUUUGGAAUUUGGCAGGUCGAUGCGGCGCAUUCCGGGAAACGCAGCUAGCGGCCGUCGCAUCAUCUUGGUUACCCCGACAACGCCGUCUGCACCGAAUGCCUUUGGGGACGCUGGUACACAGCAGCGACAAGGCGGCGCAGCCUGCGAGAGGAUAGAUGAAGACGUGGUGGCAGGCGUGCCCGGCGCUGUGUCGCGGGGCACUUCAUUUUCGUGCGCGUUGAAUCCAGCUGACGGAUUGCCUCCACGCCCGAUGUUUGGACUCGGAAGUGCUUUGGAUGAGAAAUCCUCCAGCGUCGGUUCGAACUCGGCGUUCGUUGAGCAACUCCCCGCCAAUGGGGCACAGCGAUUCGACAUGUAUUUUCAAAAUAGCGCUGAGAUAUCAGGAGAGGAGCAUGGCGGUGGACACGCGGACGAGCAACAAAAAGGAGAACAGCUGAUCGGAGCUGUGCAACAAGCCGCAAACUGCGGCUCAAUCGGAGGAGCCUGUGCUGCAAACUCAUCGCGACCUGCACACCGGGUUUUUGAUACACCUCCCGAUAGCCACCAGCGCAGAUCCUCACAAAGCUGUCUUUUUCGUCCGUCCUCGCGGGUUUCGUCCGGCGAACUUGCACGCAGCGCCAACGGGGGUCAGGUGAAUGUGAUCUUGGCUGGGGGACACCACGACGUAAGUUUCGGAGCAGGAGGUGCUGAGAGCGUUGUCGGCGGUCGAAGCGUCGCAAGCAGUUGCGGAGGACCGCCUUCUUCCUCCAUCGAAAGUUCGGUAGAACUUCCAUCUUGUGAUGGUGCAAACGUCAUCACUUCUCCAGUUCGCAGCAUGCUGGCAUGUGCGGAGCGAGCGCAGGAAAGGAGUUCUCAUCGCGGUUUCGCUGCAGGGGAUGGCCUCCACAGGUCGAGCAGCACUGGUGGAGUAGCACAACAAGGGCAUUACAGUAUGGUGAGUAGCACGACAGGAGGCAAUGCAGGGCAGCCCGAAGAAGAUUGCGAUCGCGGUUUUGUACCAGCUCCACCCGCUUUUCGAGUCUUUGGUUCGUCCUCCGGUGAAGGCAGAGUCCAGUAUAGCCGGCGCAGUGCAGCACUCCCCUUGUCGGCCGACCGGCGUUGUCGUCGAAGUUUUCUGUCAGCAGAUCGGCGCUCAGCGGAAAAGCAAAGCGAUGGCAGCUACGGUGAGCAGGAGGACCGCAACGUCUUUGACAUUUUUGAAGACCAUCCUCCCCAAGAAGAUGCCUGGUCAGAGCAUCUCUCGGACGACGAGGAGGAGAGUUAUGAUCAGCUUUUAUCCAUCCUUCGCGGCAUCUUGGUCUCCUUUCCCCCUGUAUUCCCAUGAAAUACGAUGGAAAUGGGGUCGAGAUGAGGGGGCCGAGAUGAAUAAAAGGAGACUCUAAGAGAGGGUUCAAAGAGCGGCUCGCCGCACUCCAACGGCUGCUCACCGCAACGCAGCGCGUAGUAGGAAUCCGACUCAUCAUGUUGAUAAGCACACCAGAGGAUCGGGGGACAGAUGUCAGCCUGAUCACGUUGUAGCUGUCACGGACGAGUUUGGGAGGAUGAUUGAUCACGGCAAGACGCACAAUGGAGAGGACGACUUCGCGAACAUGCGUAGUGCGGGUCGCGCUGCUGAAACUCCGCAACAAAAAAAAAAAGAAUUGCGCAGAUACGAGAAAGAUGGAGAAAUGCGGAAACCCCGCAAACAGCCGACGAUUCUGUCAAUGCUCGAGUUGAAUCCAGACCAAAUUUUACGUGGAUAUUCGCAGCCGCAACCGGGAAUGAGAUUGCCAACGCAGAACACGAGCUGCGCCUCAUCAUCGCGCAGCCACGCGCGGCAUCAGAGACGUCCAGAGCCAAGGCUCUACGACAAUUGGCCUAUCAAUGCAUCAAAUCGCCAUUAA